ACAUUUCUAUCAGACAGCUUAGCGCUUGAAACGUUAUCAAAUUGCCGCCUGGUCGAGAGUGAAAAACUCUAAGCGAAAAACUUUUCAAAGGGAAAGAGAACGGCCAAAAGCAAGCGAUAAACAUUUAUAGAAUUAUUUUAAGAUUUACUGGCAGAAACAUACUAAAACUACUACUAUGGAAUUCGCUAAACUGUUGUUGCUACUUUCGGCAGUUCUUCUUAUUACUUUAACCAAGUCGGAGAAUAAAAUGGAAAAUGGAUUAGCUAUCGGAGAAGGUUCUGGUGAAGUUCAAAUGACUACUUUUGAGCCGGACGCGUCUGAAAUACAUACAAAGGGCGAAAAAGAUGACGACGAUCAUGACGAACAUGACGUAAAGCAUGAAAAGGUAAAGAGAGUAGAUGAAGUGGAGGACAAAGAAGACGAAGAUGAAGAAGUUGAACCAACAACCGUCUCGAAAGUAAAAAAGCUUACAAGGCCCAAGAAAGAAUUUGGUUCUGGAGGGAAUGCCGAAAAUCACUCGACCGAUAGCGGAAGUAGCCAAAUUUGUUGGAGCAUUACAAGUGUUCUACUCUUUGUUUUCGUAGCAAUUUAUGGACAAUAG